GUGUCCAUGUCUUGUGGCAUCUGCAGUCUGUCAUACCAACCCAACAGGGUAAUGGAUGGGCAUUCUGGCAUUUAGGAAAUUUGUUGGUUUCGGGCCAUUUGGCUUUCUAUUUCCUGCUGCCAAAAGAUCUGCAACUGGUGCUGUUGCUGCUGCAGGACGUGCUGCUGUUGGCAGCACAGCUGUUGCUGCCAUUGCAUAUGCAGGUGUUCCUGGGUCUGUUGCUGGAGCAGCAGUCGCUCAUGGUACUGUUGGUGUUGAUAUUGUGACAGUUGUGCUUGCAGCAGUUUGUUUAGGUGCUCCUCACAUUCUUUCUGCUGUAGUUCGUGCAGUUGCUGUUGUUGGUGGGCUUGCGCUUGCGUGUGUUGCAACAGUUGGAGAUGCAUUUGUUGCUGCAUCAAAAGUUCCUAUUGUUGCUAUUGCUGCUGCAGCUGUAUAUGUACGAGUUGUUGAGCCUGCUCCAUUUGGAUUUGUUGUUGGUGCUGCUGCAGAAUCUGCAUCUGCUGUUGCCAGUGUUCUAAGCGUUGUUCUUGCACAUGAUGUUGGCAGUCAUGCUGGGAUUGUUGUUGAAACUGUUGUGACUGUGCCGCUAGCGUUAGCACUUGGGCCUGAGGCAUGACGGGUUUUUGUUCCCGCAUGGUCCGCAUUUGCUGCUGGUAGUGCUCCUGCCGA